AUGCCCUUUGAUCUUGGUCUGUACUCGCUCCCUUACAUCCUUCUGGCCUGGUUCUUGGUGGCAGAUCUCUUCACCGGUAUCAUGACGAUCACUCUGCGCCAGGUCCUUGUGAUGUCGUCAACUUUGGUCACAGCGCUUGGUCUUUACAGUGUCAAAUGGAUCAGUCGACACUGCCCUGAGAAAUGUCCACCUUUGGUCUUCGCAGCUACUUACGUGGAGGCGUAUUUCGGGUCCAUGAUUGAUUCCUUCGAGUGCAUGAUACGUGGCAUCUUCUACUUCGAGCUAGUUGAGAACACAGGGAUGACUAUCUACGCCAAAACUCGGUUUAUGGGCCCAUUGGAGUUGGUCACUCAAGAGGACGUAUCGUAUGUCGAGAGAAUACCCAGGAUCUACUCUGAGAUCAGUGAUUUCGUUUGGAUCUGGCUGGCGAAUCUCGAGGAGACGGCAAGUGAGGAUGGAUUCGAGCCUAUCGAAAUGCAGAUUGGUCCGAUUCCCGACGCACCAUGGGGAUAUGAUCAUGAUUGGGUGCCGAAUCCUUCCAUAGAUUGA